UUAAAAAAAAUAUAUAUAUAUCAUGUCAUAAACGUUUAUUAAAAAAGAACAAAAAAAAAAAAGAAAAAAAAGAGUAGUUAAAAGUACCGGCGACAGAUGUAUUUUAAAUGUUGGCAUAAAAAUGGCGGCUAUAAACCUCCGUGCCAAGCAGAUCGAAUCUGUGAAGCGUAUGUUGAAUUUUCAUGAAAGUGUGACUAAAACUUCACUUGCAUUAGCAGAGCCAACAUGGAAGGUUUUAGUUUAUGAUCAGUUUGGUCAAGAUAUUAUUUCACCUUUGCUUACUCUCAAAGAACUUAGAGAACUUGGUGUUACAUUACAUUUGAUUUGCAAAAUGGAAUCUAUGAAAAAUAUUACUUAAACUUCAUUUCACCAAUUUCAAGACAUCGUCUCGAAGAUAUUGCAACAGCAACUUUGCAGGCAAAUUGUGUUGAAUUGGUUGCAAAGGUUGUUGAUCAAUACAUGAAUUUCAUUUCUCUAGAAGAGGAUUUCUUCACUGUAAAAUAUCAUGAUAGACAAAGCAUUUCUUAUUAUGCAAUGAACAAUCCUGAAGCUAAAGAUUCUGAAAUAGAAUUGAUUUGCGAGACCCUUGUUGAUAGUUUGUUUUCUUUUCUGGUGACUACAGGUAUUGUUCCUAUCAUAAGAUGUGCCAAAGGAAAUGCUGCAGAAAUUGUUUCUGAAGCUUUAGAUAAAAAAAUCAGAGACUCAAGAAAUACAUUGUUUACAAAUGAUAUUCAAUCAGGUAAUUUUAGUUUUCAGAGACCUGUGUUGAUAAUUCUCGAUCGUAACAUUGAUUUGUGCACACCUCUUCAUCACACAUGGACUUAUCAAGCAUUGUGUCAUGAUGUCUUUAAUUUAGAGUUAAAUCGUGUAACAGUUACAGAUCCUGAAGUAAUCAAGGAAGGAGGGCCACCAAAAAGCAAACCAAAGAAGUAUGACUUUACAAGCCAAGACAAGUUUUGGGAUCAACACAAAGCAAGUCCUUUUCCGACUGUUGCUGAAGCAAUUCAACGAGAGCUUGAUGAAUAUCGUGUUUCUGAAGAAGAAGUGAAAAAGCUAAAGAAUGUCAUGGGAGUGCAAAAUGAAGAUAAUGAAGCCAUAGAAGGAAUAUGGUCAGAAAAUACUAACAAAUUAACAAACGCAGUCAGCUCUCUCCCUAUGUUACUUGAAAAAAAAAGAUUAAUAGAUACACAUAUGACAAUUGCUACAUCAAUGCUGGAACAUAUUAAACAUAGAAAACUGGAUAUUUUUUUUGAAACAGAAGAAAAAAUAAUGGGCAAGUCAACUCUGGAUAAAUCUGUUAUAGAGUUGAUACAAGAUGCUGAAGUUGGAACUCCAGAAGAUAAAUUGCGGUUAUUUUUAAUAUAUUAUAUGUCAACACCAACUAUGGCGGAGAAUGAUUUUGAAGCUCAUGUCAAAGCUCUAGAAGUAGCUGGUUGUAAUUUGGGUUCAAUAAACUAUAUUAAAAAGUGGAAGACUUUCAAUAAAGUUACAACUGAUUCCAUUCAAACAAGCACUGGACAAAAUGCAUAUAGUGCAAUGUUUUCACGUAUAAUGAGUACAGGAUCACAAUUUGUUAUGGAAGGUGUCAAAAAUUUAGUUGUGGGAACGAAAAAGCUUCCUGUCACCAGAAUAGUUGAUGCAAUUAUGGAACAAAAAAACAUUCCUGAGAUUGAAAACUAUAGAUACUUUGAUCCAAAGAUGCUUAAAGUUAAUGAAGCUAGUCUGAUGAAAAAUAAAACACCAUACAGUGAUGCAAUUGUCUUCAUGGUAGGUGGUGGAAAUUAUAUUGAAUAUGCAAACCUUAUAGGUUAUGAAAAGCGUCAUGGAAAACAACAAAAAAAAAUCAUAUAUGGGUGUAGUGAAUUACUUAACGCGACUCAAUUUGUGAAACAACUUAAUCUACUUGGAGAAAUUUAGUUAUUACUGAAAUAUCUCGUUUAAUUUAUUUCUUAUAAUGGAGUCCGAAAUCAUGUUUUUUUUAUUUUGA